AUGACUGAAAAAAUUAAACAACUUGAAAAAGAAAAAGCGUUGCCAAAUGCCGGAGAAAGCUCCAACACCACGGAACAACCCCAUACUCUAGGAGAGUCGUCUCGAGUGUCUGGUACACUGUUCGGUGCCGAAGGUCACAAACGUGAAGCAGCGGAUGCGUUGGGGUCACUGUCGAUUGGUCAGUUUGGCCAAGUCAGAUAUCACGGGGAAUCAGCCGGUUCAGAGUGUUUUCAGCAACUUCUUACGCCAAAUAAUAUUUCAAGACCAGCUUCGACUUCUCCCAGAGACUUGGAUUUACCUGCUGAAAUUAUUGAACUAUGCAACGCGUUUCCAUUCGGUUUACGAAAAACCACUUACACCAAGUAUCUUUUCUUAUCGUGCAUCCCGACGCGUGAGCUUGCUCUUCACCUGGUGGACGUAUACUAUAAGGAGGUUGCGUGGAUGUGCAACCCCAUUGUCAGAAAUGACUUCAUGUCCGGCAUUAUCGAUAUCCUUUAUGGACCACCUGGUCACCCCAAUUUGGAUCGAGUCCAUUCUCACACCCUCUCUGUAUUCUUCAUUAUUCUGGCAUUAGGUGCCCUUUUUGACAGCGAACCGCGUGCGGCAGAACUGUAUUCCGCUGUUGCGCGUGCAGCUCUGUGCCUUAAUUCGAUUUUCAACGAGGCGACCUGCUCAACGGUCCAAGCGCUACUGUUAAUCACGCGUUUCGUAUACGAACAGGACCGGCAGAAUAACGAAGCAAGUUGGCUGUUGACUGGUCUAUGCGCCAGAGUCGGACAAAUCGUGACGCUUUAUUUCAAAGAACGAGACAGCGCUGGGUGGAAUCUAGACCCGAGCGAGGUCCAACGACGCCGGGUCCUUUUUUGGGAACUAUUUUCGUUUGAUGCUUGGGUGAGUAUUGUCAUUGGCAGGCCCCCUGCCUUGAGCAUAAAUCACACCGACUGCAAAUUUCCGGAAGACAAUGAUAUCGUAAUUACACGCUCAGGCAAUGCGGAGGCAGGCUGGUAUAACUGGAAGUUUCGAUACUCGGCAAAUUGUUUAUCAGCUUGCGUUAGUCAUGCUUUCAACAUACACCAACCUAGUAUAGACUAUUCUGCGGUGUUGGAUCUAGACAUCCAGAUCCGUUAUUUUAUUGUUCCAUCUCACCUCCAGGCCCCUGCAGGAGCGGAGGUAGAUUGUGUCUGGUCCGGCGACAGCAGCAAGGCCAUGCAACAAUAUUGUACCUCGUUUCUGCGGGCAUCUAACCUCCUCUAUCUUCACAGAGGUUACUUCGCUCAGGCGAUCGAAGAAGCCCCUGAUGAUCCCCUAACGCACAAAUUCUCGCGGUCGGUUUCGGCAGCAUAUGGUAGCUCGCGGUUUCUGGUAUCUAACCUCAAAAGCCUAUAUGCGGCACACCCCGGUCCCGUUAGCCGGCAGCGGUGGUUCUGGUCAAACUUUUUUUCGUCAUGCGUCGUCCUUGGGGCUUUGGCGGCGGACAGUCCUCGUUGCCAGUACGCUCAGGACGCGUCCAAGGAGCUGAAUGAUGCUCUUGUCCUGUACGAGCAACUGCCAGAGGCCCAUCGCUCCCCAACUACACUGGCCGCUCUCCGAAAGCUGAGACAACGUACCACGGCUGCCAUGGCGGCAGCGCGAGCAGGUGGCCUACCACUUCGGGGACCGCACAGCCCUUCCUUACCCGACGAACUCGACGUCCUCCGGGGCCGCAAAAGCAUCAUUACCAACCCGUUGCCUUCCAAUUCGCCACCAAUUCGCAGUCCAUCGUACCUAUCCACGACACUGAGCCAAUCCCACGAGGAACUCGCAGAACAGUUGAGGCUGCUACCACAACCGCCACUUAUGGGUUACCUGACUCCACAGUUUGACUCGGUGUACUUGGACUCGAGUACACACUAUACUCCUGGACCCAACUCGGGCGACCAUUUUGGAGGAAGCUUUUCAUUUUUCGAUCCCAAUGUAUGCCCUCGCACGCUGAGCAUACCCGAGUACAUCACACACCCUGCCACUGUGGACCCCAGCACAUCACAGCAGUUGACAGCUGCGGUACAACAUCCUCAGCAGCAGCAAUUCCACCAGUUGCAACAUCCAAUUAUGGUUCCUGACGCUGCUGUCGAGCAGUCGGAAAGCCGUGAAGGAGCCUGGCGACGAUUCAUGUAUCUCCUUGGCAUGAGUCGGGAUGCGUAG